UACGUUUACGUGAGGCUGGCGCUCCGGUUUCCUGGCGGAGAAAAUGGCGGCUCCUGGACCGGGGGAGUAUUUCAGCGUUGGGAGCCAUGUCUCCUGCCUCACCUGCUUGGGGCAGCGUUUGCAAGGGGAGGUCGUGGCUUUCGACUACCAGUCCAAGAUGUUGACUCUGAAAUGUGCUUCCUCUAGUGGAAAGCCAAACCUCUGCGAUGUCAUACUGAUCAACCUAGCUUAUGUUUCUGACGUGGAAAUAAUAAACGACCGCACAGAAACACCACCUCCUCUAGCAUCUUUGAAUGUUAGCAAGCUUGCAACUCGGGCGCGGAUGGAAAAGGAAGACAAACUUUCCCAAGCAUAUGCAAUUAGUGCAGGAGUUUCUGUGGAGGGCCAGCAGCUUUUCCAAACUAUACAUAAAACCAUCAAAGACUGUAAAUGGCAGGAGAAGAACAUUGUUGUGAUGGAUGAUGUCAUCAUCUCACCGCCUUACCAGGUGGAGAACUGUAAAGGCAAAGAGGGAAGCGCUUUAAGUCAUGUACGCAAAAUAGUUGAGAAACAUUUUAGAGAUGUGGAAAGCCAGAAGUCCCUGCAGCGUUCACAAGCACAGCAAACACAGAAGGACUCCGCUUUAUCGUCCUGAGCUGGCCCAGAUUUCGAGGCCCAGCAGGAAGAGGACGACGACCAAUGCAGUUCGUCUCCAGAGGAGGCCCGUGUUCCACAGCCACUGUCCGAGGCCACGAGGAGGGCCAGGGCCUCUGGCCUUGGGGACCGGAAACAUUAAAGAAAAAGGCAAAAAAAAAAAAAAAAAA